AUGGGCCGAAUGCACGCACCAGGAAAGGGUAUCUCCGGAUCCGCCCUCCCUUACCGACGAUCUGUCCCAUCCUGGCAGAAGACCUCCGCCGAGGAAGUCAAGGACAUCAUUGCCAAGCUCGCCAAGAAGGGUUACAAGCCUUCUCUCAUCGGUGUCCACCUCCGAGACACCCACGGUGUUGGCAAGUCCCACUACCUCACCGGAUCCAAGAUCCUCCGAGUCCUCAAGUCCAUGGGCGCUGCUCCUGAACUCCCAGAGGAUCUCUACUUCAUGAUCCGAAAGGCCGUCGGUAUGCGAAAGCAUCUCGAGCGAAACCGAAAGGACAAGGACGGUAAAUUCCGAUUGAUUCUUAUCGAGUCUCGAAUCCACCGACUUGCUCGAUACUACCGAGAGAAGGGUGUUGUCCCACCAAACUUCAAGUACGAGUCUGCCACCGCCUCCGCACUUGUCGCAUAA